AUGUUGCUGCACCACCCGUUUCGUCGCUCCUGGGACGACGUCAAUGUGGUAGAAGGUAUUCGUUACGACACGUACCGAGAAGCGUACGAGGCUUGUGGGCGACACCACCCGCCGCGCGACCACGGCUACUAUACCUUACCGGUAGCCGAGGAGGACGAACCCGAGGAGUGCGACGUGGACGACAUGAAUCCCGGCUUGGGCGACACCUGGCUUGGAGGAAGCCUGGAGGCUCUCCGUGCCUAUGGCGAUAAUGAAGACGGUAACUUAACCUACCUUCUGUACGACCCCAACACCCCAGAGGGCCAAUCCCCUUCGCAUGAGACGAGCUCGCCCCAGGUAUCGAAGAGGUACAGCGUCGUAGAAGAGAGGAACUAUCCGAUACGGAAUCCUCGCACGACGAUCGCUCAGAUACACCACCAUCUUCUGGCGACUCGGAUUCAUAGGAUGGGGAACCGGCCGUCGUCGCUCAACCCGGUGCACCAGCACCUACUAGAGACGAGCAGUUAUCCCGUUCGGUAUAACCAACAGGAUGACCUGAGAGAGGAGGGGAUGGAACAUCUUCACACGCUUUUCGAGCAAGUGAGCCGACCGGUGGAAUCAUACUGCCGAGAGGAUUUAGAGUGGGGCAACGACGACGACAAGUUAGAUAUCUACAUGGAAUCGUUUGACAAGAAGAUGUCCGACGUCGCCACAACGAUAACAAACCUCAUAAGCAACCAAGUCAAAGCCGUCAAAUACACCAACCAGCGCAUUGACAAUCUAUGCAUCGACGCCGCGUCCCUACAACACACGGUGGAAUCUCUAGGGCGCAAAGUAGAGUCGGCCGCGUCAAAGACGGCCCAUAGAUCCCUAGAGGAAGAAGUUGGUCGCUUAAAGACCCAAGUAAAAUGCCUAGUCGAACGUCUAGGCGACAUCUAUACCGCAAACCCCAAUACCACCCCCACCUUACCCACCAUGCCUGUCAUUAGCGACUCGUCUUCCGAAUCCUCUAUGGAUUCCCACGACACGCCUCGUGGUACGACUAACCGGUUCUUCAACAUGUUCGCCCCAGACGGACGACAAGAUUCGAGAAAGCGUAGCAGCCCCUCGUCGGGCAACGAACUUAACAAACGCUAA